UGUGUUAAAAUUUGCUGUACGUAGAUCGUCACAAGUCGUGUACAAUGAGCGAUUCGUACGUUUUCCGGGUGACCGUGAACGCACCGUUCGUCACAGCUGAGCUCAUAGUCUUGGCUCUGAGCAUGCGCAGGAGGGGCAGUCAGGGAGUGUCGACCGGUGCGCCUAAUCGGAGGUGAAGCCUCACGCUAUGGUUUUGGAUUGACCCGGCAUCUUUUUGAAACAAUGACCCGAUGACGGAAAUACAUGUUUUUCAGGCACCAGUGAGCAGUCCAAACCAUCGGCGAGUCCAUUCCCCGUGCCAGGAUUCCGUUAGUGAGAUGCUGAGGGCCACGGUGGGCUCAGUGGAGGAGCGGGAUGAUGAGCAGGAGGAUGAAGGAGAUGAAGAGCUGCGGGACGGAGGGGUGCCUUUCUACGUCAACCGAAGUGGCCUCCCCAUGGAUGAAGACACCUGGGAGAGGAUGUGGCGCCAUGUAGCUCGGAUCCACCCACACGGGGAUGCUUUGGGGAAGGGCAUCCGGGGUGCAACUGACCUACCCAAGAUUCCAAUACCAAGUGUGCCUACAUACCAGCCUACCACCACAAUUCCACUGCGCCUAGAAGCCAUACAGAAAUAUAUCAGGGAAUUACAAUACAAUCAUACCGGGACACAAUUUUUUGAAAUCAAGAAAAGCCGCCCUCUUACUGCGUUGAUGGACAUUGCCAAGGAGAUGACGCGUGAAGCCCUGCCAAUCAAAUGUCUGGAGGCGGUGAUCCUGGGAAUUUACCUCACCAACAGCAUGCCGGCUGUGGAGCGUUUCCCCCUCAGCUUUAAGUCUCAGUUCUCAGGGACCCACUUCUACCACAUUGUGCUGGGAGUCCACAGCGGCGGACGCUUUGGUGCGCUGGGCAUGAGCCGGCGAGAGGACCUCAUGUUCAAGCCCCUGGAGCACCGCUCUCUGAUGGACUUGGUGCAGGACUUUGAAGGGGCCUAUAGGGGCUAUUGGCACACCCUGCUAAAGGUAAAGAUCGGCCAGUACGUGUCGCACGACCCUCACAGCGUGGAGCAGAUCGAGUGGAAGCACUCCGUCCUGGAUGUAGAUGGGCUGAGCAAGGGGGAGCUCCGGAAAGAGCUCGAGAGGCACACUCGAGACAUGAGGCUCAAGAUAGGAAAGCCUGCGCCUCCUUCUCCCACCAAAGACAGGAAAAAUAGCAUGGGCUCACCACUCAGAGGACAAGGAAGCCCCAUUCGCAGGGUCAGCCGUGUUGAGAGACGUCCAUCUGGAGAGAAAAAGGCUUUGGAACAGAAAGCAUCUGGAGAGAUGAGCGUGUAUCAGAUUCGAGUGUGAAGAAUAUUUUUUUCGUUUCUUUGAAAAAGCCACUGAUGAGGCUUCAUCAAUGGCCGACAUUGGCCCAUUGUCAGGGUGCAAAAUAGGGAACCACCACCCUUCUCCUCCACAUCCCAAAAAAAGCCUCAUUCACUGUCAAGUUGUCAUGUUUUGUUUAAUUACUUCUAGAACAUUGUAUGUGCAUAACUGGUGCUGUUGCGUGUAAACAUUUUUACUAACUUUAUACAAUCAGUGUAUGUUACAUUAGC